GGGGGCCGCCAAGCCGGAGGGAAGGCCGCCUGAAGCCCGCUCCGAAGCAGGGACUACAUUUCCCGAGGGGCCUCGGCGGCGGCGGCGGCGGCGGGCGCGGCCACGUCCCCCGGAAGUGGAGCCCGGGACUUCCACUCGUGCGUGAGGCGAGCGGAGCCGGAGACAAGAGCAGAGGCCGAACUCGGGAUCUGACAAGAUGGCCGGGCUGCCCCGCAGGAUCAUCAAGGAAACCCAGCGUUUGCUGGCAGAACCAGUUCCUGGCAUUAAAGCAGAACCAGAUGAAAGCAACGCCCGUUAUUUUCAUGUGGUCAUUGCUGGGCCCCAGGAUUCCCCCUUUGAGGGAGGGACUUUUAAACUUGAACUAUUCCUUCCAGAAGAAUACCCAAUGGCAGCACCUAAAGUACGUUUCAUGACCAAAAUUUAUCAUCCUAAUGUAGACAAGUUGGGAAGAAUAUGUUUAGAUAUUUUGAAAGAUAAGUGGUCCCCAGCACUGCAGAUCCGCACAGUUCUGCUAUCAAUCCAGGCUUUGUUAAGUGCUCCUAAUCCAGAUGAUCCAUUAGCAAAUGAUGUAGCCGAGCAGUGGAAGACCAAUGAAGCCCAAGCCAUAGAAACAGCGAGAGCAUGGACUAGGCUAUAUGCCAUGAAUAAUAUUUAAUUCGCUCAGAUCAUCAAGUGUACAUCCCUUUCCUGUUCUGCCAAGACUUCUUCCUUUUUUUGUUUGCAUUUAAUGGACACAGUCUUAGAACCAUUACAGAAUAAAAGCCCAGGCAUCUUCAUCUUUGGUGAUUACAUGCACAUUAGCAACUCUAUGUCCUGUCCUGAUUCACUGUUGUAAAGCAUGAGCAGAGGCUAGAAGUGUCAUCUGGGUUGUUGUGAGAUACUGAAGAGCAGUGACUCUGCUUUUGACUCAUUUCCCCAUCAUGGUUUAAGUACAAAGCACUGUGAAUGAAGGUAGUUGUCAGGGUUAGCUGCCAGAGGUAUGGGUGUUUUUAUUUUAUUUUUUAGGGGGAAAGUAGUUUUAAUUUUAUGGCCUCCUUUCCCCUUCCCCGUCUUAAGGGAUCUAAUUGCAGUGGUUAAAUGCAGCUAACCAGUUUUUAGAAUAUACUCUCUAGCCAAGUCUAACUUUAGACACUGUAGAUGGACAAGCUUGAUUGUCUGAACCAAAAUGGGAACAUUAAAUAAACAUCACAGCCCUCACUAAUAAUAUUGUGACUUUGCUGUCAAGUGUAGAUUUUCCACCCCUCAGCCCCCCUUACACCCCUACCCCCCCAAAAAAAAGAAGAAAAAAAGCUUGUGACCAUUUUGUAUGGCUUGUCUGGAAACUUCUGUAAAUCUUAUGUUUUAGUAAAAUAUUUUUUGUUAUUCUACUUUGCCUUUGUACAGUUUAUUUUACUGUGUUUAUUUCGUUAUUCCGAUGUGACAAUCCUAUUUAAAAUUAAAGUGGAUGGAGCAUUCUGUUUUGGUCUUCUCCAUAUGACAAAUUGGCAAGAGGAGAGUAAUACCAGUUUGUUUCAUUGAUGCAGAUUUGUGUGAGGAUUUUACUGAGUGAGUAUUUAUAAACUGGCCCUGAGCAUGCAUGAAGCAUCAGUAUCUGACUUUUUUUUUUAAUCUCCUAAAAAUUUGAAAUAAAUAUUACUUGAUUUAAUUAGGUGAUCCUUGGUGUCUUGCCAUGAUUGAAAGUUGGCCAUAGCCAGCAGUCACAGCAAAGAGGAUAAGUGCAUGUCAUGUAGGACUUCCACAUGUCUAUAUUUGAGCUUAAGAUGUAGCUUAUGACUUUUUUUCUUUUUUCUUGUCUGAAAACUCAAUGUAUGACAAUUGGUAUGUGCUAUUGGAAAACCUCAGUUAUUUGAUGUUUUUCAAGGCAGUUUUGAGUGUUCCUUGCAAACCUAAUGAGCAGCUCCCAAGCAACCAGCAUCGACAUCAUUGGCUCGUCGGCUCCUGUGCAUUUCUCUUAUCCCUCUAGGAUUUGCUAUAAGACUUUUUUUUGGGGGGUGGGGUGGGGCGGGUUAUUUUAUGUAACCUUGGCUGCCCUGGAACUCACUACAGAGACCAGGCUGGCCUCCAACUCAGAGAUCCAGCUGCCUCUGCUAGGAUUAAAGGCCACCAUGCCCAGCUACUCCUUUUAAUUUGCUAUUAGCAGUUGUUUUCUUCCCGUGUAAAACCAUUCUUUCUCACCCUUUUCCACAUUGAAUUUCUGAUUCUUAUUAUUUUUAAGUCAUAAACAUGUAAAUGCUAACCUUAUGGGUAGGGAUUUUUGUCUCCUACAAUAUAAGGUAAUGGAUAUUGUAGCCCAUCUACAUUUUCCUCACGUCAUAAUUUCUGGAGUUUCUUCAGAAUGUGCUGUAUUUUAUUGUGUUCUUAUGUAAGAUGAAGAAUUAUCUAUUAAAAUUACAUUUUCAACAUACAA